AUGUCUUUCAAAGGUAACUGGAAGUUCGUCAAAGGCGAGAAUGUCGAGAAGUUCAUGCUGGCCGCCGGUGCACAGGCUGAAAAGGCUAAAAUAGCCGAGAACGCUACCACCACCGUGAGCUGCGACAGGAACGGAGAUAACUUCUCAAUCAUCAUAACUGGAGAAAAGGGCAAUACCAUCGAACAGAAAUUCCAGCCAGGUGUGCCGUUCACUGAGACCUUUGCCGUAUUCGGUAAGGAGAGACAGGCAGUGGCUUCUGUGGAAGGCAACACAGUCACCAUCAAAGGCGUUGAGCCUGGUACCGUAGUGGAAACCCGCGAAGUCAACGGAGACGAGAUGGUGUUCUCUAUGAGCAAACCCGGCGUGGACAUUGUCGCUAAACGAUACUUUCAACGAGCGUAG